AUGCAAUAAUAAUAUUCUAAUAGUUCAAUAUAGGAUUUCAAUAUACUUGAGAAAUUGGGAGAAGGCUCAUUCUCUUCUGUGUAUAAGGUCUAAAGAAAAUCGGAUGGUCAAUAUUAUGCAAUGAAGAAAGUGAAUAUUUCGCAAUAGAGUUUGAAAGAGAGAGAAAAUGCUUUGAAUGAGAUCAGAAUAUUAGCCUCACUAGAUUCUCCAUAUAUAGUAGAAUUUAAGGAUGCUUUUAUUGAUUAAGAUGGAAGAAUUCUUUAUGUUAUUAUGGAGUUUGCAUCUGGAGGAGACUUAAAUCAAAUUUUAAAGUAAGGAAAAUUGUAGGGUGGAGUUUAGGAGGGUGAAAUUUGGAAUAUAUUAACAUAGAUCACACUUGGAGUGAAAAUAUUGCAUGACAAUGGCAUUUUACAUAGAGACCUCAAAUCAGCCAAUGUAUUUGUGUCCAAGACUCCUUAAGGAAACAUUUAUAAGAUAGGAGAUUUAAACAUCAGUAAGGUAACUCAUGGGGCAAAUGCAAAGACCUAGACAGGAACUCCAUAUUAUGCUGCGCCUGAAAUCUGGAAGGGUGAAUAAUAUUCAUGGCCUUGUGAUAUUUGGUCAAUUGGUUGUAUUAUCUAUGAGUUAGCUACAUUUCAACCUCCUUUCAGAGCAGGAGACCUUCUAUCAUUAAAUAAGAAGAUUUAAGCAGGUUAUUAUGAUCCUAUGCCACAAAAAUACAGUUCAGAUCUAUCCGAUGUUUUAAAGACUCUUUUACAAGUUGAUCCAAAGAGUAGACCAAAUUGUGACUAAAUUCUUAAGAAUCCAAAGGUCAUUAAGAAUAGUGGAUCGUUAUUGGUGGAAGUGGAGUAGAAUGGUGUUAAGUAAGCCAAAUUAUUAUAAACUAUCAAACUCCCUUUUAAUCUAAAGUAACUGAAGGAUAAUUUACCAAAAUCCAAAUAUGAAAAUAAGAUGAAGAGAUCAAACUCAUAAUAAGGACUUAAAAUUGAGACUGACCAUCCAAUAUCUUAAUAACCUCGAAUUAACAUGGAAAUAUAAUAACAAUAAUAAUAACAAUAAUAAUAAUUAAGAAAAAAAUUGAUCAGCGUCCCAUCAUAAGGUGCUCCAUUAAAAUGCAAACCUCCUUUGGCUAAACCUCAAAUUGCCUAAGCUUAAAAAAUAGAAUACCAUCCUUAGACUCCAUAAUAUUACGGAUAAAAAAUGUACCAUCAGGAUCAAAAACAGCAGUAAUUAAAUAUUGUUAAUUAAAGAAUCAAUGCAUAAUAAUAUUGUAAGCCAACAUUUUUGAAACAGAAUUACGGAAUUCGAGACAAUUCCCCUAGGAAUCAAAAUAAUCCUUAUUUACAAUAAAGAGUAGGACAAUAGCCUCAAUAUAAUGCUGGAAAGUAAGUACAACAAAAGAGACAGUACAGUGCAGGAAUUUAUGGAAGAUAAUAAAUAUAUAAAUGA